UGUCGGUUGGUCACUACAAAAAAUGAAGCACGAAUUUGGUCUUAGAGCAAGGUGGAUUUCGCCUUCGGCCUUGGGGACAUCAGAGACAAAAAAAAUGCUCGAUUAGGAUAGAAGAAUGAAGUCUUGUAAUAUUUUACUACCUCAUCUAUGUUUGCACUACCGGGACGCCCAAAAAAAUAUAAUAGGGGCGGUCAUGUGUGACUAAUUGAUCUGAGUCCGUGGUAUCGGAAAAUAUUAUCAGUGAAGUAGAAGAAAUGGAAAAUGCACAUAUACGAGGAGUGUUCAAAAAGUGUGGUGACUUUUAAAUGUCAUCAAAAAGUAUUGAAAAUUAAUAUUGUCCCCUUCAAAGUAAUUACCCAGAUAUAAUACACUUGAGCCAACGUUUUUUCCAAUCCUCGAAGCACUUCCUGUUAGCCUUGAGUCCUUCCAGCGAUUUUUUCUUUAUCUCGUCAUCGGCGUCUUCUCGGCCAUCUUUGAAUAGCCUAGAAAAUUUUUUUUGCUGGGGAGGGUCUGUCGAAAACCAACACGAUGAAGAUGGAGGCAGACUAGGAUGUUCGGCUCUUUCCCCCAUUAUACGAGUGGAUACUGACAUGCGUGUCUGGAAAACAUUUUUAAGUGGCAAAAUUAUCGCAAAUAAAAGCGCGCGUGUCAUAUUCGUAUCGUCUAAUCGUCCCGAAAUUUUCUUGGCGAUAAAAUGGCGACAAUCUACGCGAUUAUAUUGCUACUAAAUUUCGUUUUCCUAAGUCACCAACAACAACAGUGCGUCAUAUCUAAAUACGAAGAUGUGGAUUCCGUGGUCUCCAGCUGCACCGACAUCGCCGUGGACGACCUCAUCGUACCUGCUGGAAAGGCCCUAACACUAGACCUACAGGAAGGCACCAAGCUUACACUAAGGGGAAACAUCUCGUUUGAAUUUGAUUAUUGGGCGGGACCAGUGCUCUUGAUUUCUGGAAGCUCCCUGACAGUAGUCGGAGAACCGGGUUCCAUUUACGAUGGGCUGGGAGCACGCUACUGGGACGGCCAAGGUUCAUGGGGUACUUUCAUAAAACCGAAGAUGAUGCGUAUUGAAGCUCAAGACAGCGUGUUCGCAAAUAUAGCUCUGCUAAACUGUCCUAUCGCAUGCACUAGCAUAUCUAAUUCGAAUAACAUCACAAUUACCAACUGGAACGUGGACAUCUCCAUAGCGGACGAGGACGUAGCACCACCGAAUAAGUUUGGCCACAACACCGACGGAUUUCAAAUUUCCAACUCGUCUUUCGUAACUAUACAGAAUUCGAUCAUUUACAAUCAGGACGAUUGUGUAGUGGUCAAUUCAGGGUCCGACAUCCUAGUAGAGAAUCUAUUUUGCCACGGCAGCCACGGCCUAAGUCUAUCGGUGGGCUUUUCCAACGACAGUUUUGUUAAAAAUUCGGUAGACAACGUAACGGUAAGAAACUCCACUCUCGUCAACGGCGAAAAUGCGAUCCACAUUAAAACGCAUACCAACGCCGGACAGGGACUCAUAAGCAACAUACUUUACGAGGAUAUUACGUUUGAAGGUCCGAUUUUGUUCGGCAUCAACGUCCAGCAAAACUACGUAAAUACUCCUGCCAACGAAACGGUCAAGCCCGCGCCAGUGGGCAACAUUCCAAUAGUCAACUUAACGCUCAGCAAUAUUGCAGGAAGCGUUCCUGCGGAAGCAGUGCCGGUCUACAUUUCCUGCGCAGAAGGGGCGUGUCUGAAUUGGAGUUGGAGCAACGUGAACGUUACAGGCGCCGAACCCAGCGAUUGCAACUUUGAUCCAGUUGGUUACAAAUGCUAGAAACGCUUUGUUUAGCGGGUUCACGCGAUCACUCAGCCGUUUUAAUUUUAUUUGUUCCGAUUUUAUUAAUUAAAAAAGCGUUAGUUUGACCAAGAAUGCAGUUUUAUUUGUGAAGUAUUUUAGUUUUACCUUAUAGGCUCUUUCAUUGGUGAGUUUACGGGGGAAAACCGAAUAUUUUUGGAAAUCAAAGUCAAAAUUGUCAAACUUGACAAUCAAUGCUAAGAGAAAAAUACGUUACCCAGUGUCCAGCACUGAUUUCAAGUGUUCGCUUAUGCAUCGAGAGUAAUGGUCAACUUGAGCAGUUGUUAAAAUAAUAAUUUUUGUUAGUGUUCCGAUAACAUAAGUUCAAUUCCAUUUUUUAAGAUAAAGGCUUUUGCUUAGAAAACAAAGCGGAUAGCUAAAAGAAACGUAAUAUGGUUUUAAAGGGAAUUUACGUCACAAGAGGGCACUCGAUACCUUUCGAGGUUAUUUAACAAAAUUUGUAUGUAAUGGUAACUUUUGGUCUAUAGUAAUUAAAAAUAUUAAAAAAUAUAGCGUGUUACAUGAAAAAAAGCUUUGAUAUGUACUUUUUUUAGGUAUAUUUCAUUCAUUCCUGUUUUCCUCCAAAGAAUUCAAAAAUACCUUCAUAUACAAAGUGUUCUAUUUAAAAUAUGAAAGUUUUUACUUUGUACGCGAAUACACACACAUCCAACAAUAUAAUUUGCAAAAUAAAAAUGAACCUAAACAGCUUCUUCACAAGUUUUCUUUCAUAUUUAUGCUUUAAACUUGUUUGUGCUAUUUAUAAUUAUGCAAAAUUAAUCAUUUUAUAUAUCUAAAUACCGAUUCGACACCGGUUUGUGAUUUCAUUCGAGAAUACCACCCUAAAUCUUUAUUUCAAAAAAUAAAUCCUAGCCAUUCAACCCUUAUCAAAAAUAUUACAGCUCAAUAGGACAAAAGCAUUAACGGAUAUUGAAUUUCCAUUCGUUCAAAGUGACGAUUGCGUUUAUUUACCUGGAUGGCAGAUACAUACAUACAGAUAUAUAUAUAUAUAUAUAUAUAUAUAUAUAUAUAUAUAUAUAUAUAU